AGUCACCAGAACUAGAUGGCUACAAGUGCACUUGCAGACCAUGCUGACGUCAGGAGUGACAGAACGUCAUCACUGCGCAUGCGUCAGUUUGACCGGCAGUUUGGGCGGAGUGCACAGCUCGCGUGCACAGCCCUCAGCUGUCACUGUGCUUUUAUAACACAGUCAGCUAACAGACCUGUUGAAACGCUGCUCUCCGGUCCAUUUCACACAGUUAUGAAAAACCUUCAUUUCAAGGAUUUCUUCUGGAACUCUGACCUGAUCUGCACUGGUGGCUAUGAUGCUAUCAUCCAGUAUCUCAAUGAUGGCAAGAGGACAUGCAAGGAGGUGGAGGACUUCAUGAAAGCCAGGGCAUCAAUUGAAGAGAAGUAUGCCAAAGACCUCCUUGGUUUGUCCAAGAAGGUUUGCGGACACAAUGAGAUGAACACAUUAAAAAGAUCCCUGGACAUGUUCAAAUUACAGACUGAACAUGUGAGUCUAUCACACUUACAUCUGGCACAGAGCAUGAGGGAGGAGGCCAAGAAACUGGAUGAAUUCAGAGAAAAACAAAAAGAAAUGAGGAAAAAGAUAGAACAACAGAUGGAUGCUCUCCACAAACAGAAGUCUUCACAGUUCAAGAAGACAAUGGAUACAAAGAAGACAUACGAGCAGAAGUGCCGAGAUAAAGAAGAAGCAGAUCAAAAUGUUAACCGAAACACCAACACCAACAACACCAAGCACAUAGAGAAGCUCUACUCAAAAGCACAACAAGCAAAACAGAAUGCAGAAGAAGCAGACAGGUUAUACCACCAGAAUGUGAUCACAGUGGGAAAGAUAAGAGAUGAAUGGCUGAAGGAACAUGUCAAGGCCUGUGAGAUGUUUGAAAAACAGGCAAUGGAGCGUAUUAACUUUCUGAGAAACACAGUCUGGACUCACCUCAACCAGCUAUCCCAGCAGUGUGUGACCAGUGAUGAGCUGUAUGAGGAAGUGAGGAAAUCACUGGAACAGUGUGAUGUCCAGGAAGAUAUUGAACACUUUGUAAACCUCAGACGGACCGGUGACAAACCACCAGCUCCAGUUCUGUAUGAGAACUUCUACAGUGGUCAGAGGUCUCCAACUGGAGCUCCACCCUCUCGACAGCCUCCACCAAUCAUCAGAAGGGGGCCAUUACCUGAUCCAACAAACAACAGUAGCGAUGAUACAAUCUACUCAACAGUGCAGGACGCAGGGUACAGCGUUAUCCAAUACUAACACAUACAGAUCAGCUGGUGGAGUUAUUGUACAUCCUGUGCAGCGAUGGAGCUUUGUAAUGGACAUAAAGGUUACAUAAGUCUCAUCACAUCCCCCUUUGUGAUUUACUGUAAAAAUAUGGUCCAUCCAUAUUUUUAGGUGAGGUUUUGUGGUAUUUUGAACAUAUCACAGUGUUACAGACAGCACAGUAAAUGUCAUUAUUUUAUUCUUAGGUUCAAAACAGGCUAAAAUGAGGACUUUUGCUCAGUAUUUUGAUGAAAAGGACAUUAUGUAAAAUUAGAUAAUAAACAUAAAACAGUAACAUCCAGCUAAUUACUGUGUAAACUUAAGUCAUUUCCACUGUCCAGAUAGAGAGCCUAUUUAUUAUCUACAUGUUUGCAAGGUGCUUAUCUUCUACAUAAUUGUAUCUUAAUUUAUCUUCAGUUUUGUAUUUAUUUUUGUGGAUCUACAUUUUUCUCACAUUUUAAAUAGAGAUUCAAAAAGUAAAGUGUCAUCUGCUUACUUGUUUUCAUUUCCUCUUAGAUAUGAGUAGCAUGGCAGCUGACAGGGAUCUUAAGGCUCACACACACUUAUAUCUACAGUGUACAGUACUUCAUUUUGCCAGUUAAAGUCUUGUUCUUUGUCACUCAACCUGCCUGUUACCAUUUUGACAGUCUUGCUAAGUUCAUGUGCUAAACAACAGGGUAAUUUUCUAUUGUAAGAAAGUUAGAAGUUAGAAUCAGAAAUCAGAAAUACUUUAUUGAUCCCCAAGGGGAAACUCUUUUGUUACAGAUGCUCACUCUCAGGUCAAUGCGCACAGGAAUAGAAGUACUAAGCAAAUCAAAAUAUAAUACACUAUAAUACAGGCAAGAUAAAUUAAGUACAAAGUGGAUUUAAGUAUAAAAUUAAAAGAUUAAGCUAUAUGCCCUAGAUUGACAUUCAAGUCAUUAAAACGCAUGUGUGAUGACACUGAGUUCUUGAGGAGGAUUGUUGGAAUAUGUGCACAUGGAUUUUGCUUUAUUUAUGUUAACAACAAAUCAUUUGUAGAAAUUGCUACAACAUGUGAGUAAGUUUGAAACUGCAGACGUAAAGAGCGAUUCAGUGGUAUUUCACUGUGCAGCUGACCUGGAGUUAGUUUUGUAUAAAUAAAAUGACUGUUCUUCUCAGUACUUUAACUAUGAAA